UUUCAAUGGCGCGAGAAAGUCAAUUUUAACUUGUUAUGCAAGUGCCUGAAGAUUGAUUUUGUGUAUAUUAGACACUGUGUUGUGUAAAUACUUAUUCUUUUGUGAAUGCCAAAGAGGAGUGGAAGCACAAUGAGUGAUGAGGAAUCAAAAUGUGGCGAUGAGUACACCGUCAACCAGGAAGUGCUUGUACGGUGGAGUGAUGGUUUGUUCUACCUUGGCCACAUCACAAAGGUGAAAACUGAGAAAUGUUUGGUGAAAUUUGAAGACAAUUCAGAAUUCUGGAUUUUAUACAAGGACAUUCAACGAGGUGCUCACAAUGGUGAUAUUAUGUGCUGCAUCUGCCAAGGUGGAACAUCAGAUUGCCCUAAUGAAAUCGUUCUAUGUGACAACUGUGGAUUAGGUUAUCACCAGCAGUGCCACAAUCCAAUAAUUGACAAAGAAGUUCUGCAGCCAGAGGUUGAGUUCCUGUGUAGACUUUGUGUCUUUGCUACCACAGUCAAGAAAGGAGGUGCUUUGAAGAAGGGUCCACACGAUAAAGCUUUUCAAGCCAUGCGACAGUCAUUCCCUUAUACGCUUGAAAACUUAACCUGGGAUGCAAAGCAUAAGAUGAAUGUUGAACAGUGUUAUUGCUACUGUGGAGGGCCUGGGGACUGGUACAUGAAGAUGAUUCAAUGCUGCAGGUGCAGGCAGUGGUUCCAUGAAGCAUGUGUGCAAUGCUUGAAUCGACCCUUGUUGUUUGGUGACAAGUUCUACAUGUUUGUGUGUUCCCACUGCAACCAUGGCCCGGAAUACAUCAAGAGGCUUGAUCUCAAAUGGACAGACUUGACACAAAUAGCUAUUUUCAACAUGACAGUUAUAAACGGCAGGAAAUAUUACGACCUCUACGAAGAGUUACUUCCUUGGAUACAUGACAACUGGGAUGCAUUGGUGUGUCCUGAGCUGCAGUUUGCUACAGAGAAGGAAAUAGAGGCAAAUGUGUUUGAAGCUCUACAGAAUCACAAGACCAGGUUUUCUUGUGGCUAUGAAAUCAAAAAGAAAAGAACGUGGUGGGGUUUGCGUGUUCGUGUUGCACCUAGCGCACCAAACGUCAUUUUGCCAACGGACGGUGAAAUUACAGAUGAAGUUAUGAGUAAUCUGCAGAUGAAAGGGAGACGAACCAAAACAUUUAUCCCUUUACAGUGUAAUUCACCCAUUCCUAACAGACACCGGGCAAGAGGAUUGGGAAUAGAUGAUUCCAUUGCUUUCAAAACCACAAGAGUAAGGAAACUUCUCUUUGAAGCAACAGGAAUAAAAGAAAUGAAUGGACAGAACAAUCUAAUCAGUUUGAACAAAGACUUCAUGUUUAACUCGCAACGAUCAAACGGAUACUGUUACGAACUUAAAAGAAAAAGAACAAAGAGACAUUUUUCUCUGAAUAAAAUGAUUCCACUUGAGAACAGCUUUGAUGGCCACAACCAUCCUUUUAAGACUGACCUCGAGAGAAGGGAGGAAAUAGAGCGACACAACCAGCUUCAGCAAAGACUUCUCGACAUGUACCAGAGUGCAUCAGAGACAUCAUCGCAGUGUUCGGACGGUGGAGAAUCCACCACCGUGGACACACAGGAUAAUGCCAGCGAAGAUUCCCUCGAGUCGUCACCUUAUUUCAGACUGAGGAGUCGAAAACAGAUGAGAAAGAAGCGCCAGAGCUCUCCACCGCCCUUGAUUAUGCCCCUGCAGCCGAAGCGAAAACGAUCCCCUAUACCGCCACAUCCGCCAGUGUUAAAUGUCAUCAGUCCGGUUGCCAUCCAUGCUGCUGGUAAACAGAAGGUGGAUAUACAACAUUUAAAAUCAAGUGUUAAAAACUACUUUGGUGCGGCCGGUCGUCUUUCGGAUGGAGAAAACUUCACCGUGCUGGCUCGUCGAACAUUAGCUGAUGGAAGUAUAUCGCAUCUAGUUGAGUGGGAAGGAUUUUUGCUUUAGGAUCAUUAUAUAAUAAUUGUUUAGUUAUGACAAGGGAACAUUUUGUUUUAAAAAAUUUGAUUAGCAACAUUUCUAGUCCUUUUAAAAUUUAUUAGCAACUACUGUUUAAUGUUUGUGGAGCUAUCUCUGAAACUUUUGUAGCAAAUCUCGAUGCUAUACUGAACAAAAUGUUCCCUGUAUGAUACAUUAAAACAUCCAAUAUUUUUGUGGGAUCACUCUGAAAUUUGAUGUGUAUUGGAAGUGUUAAAACAUUACAACAAUUACGUUUUUUUCCACUCGUGACUAACUCCUAUUUUAAAAAAGUAAUAAUAUUGAAUAUAUAUCAUAUGUUUAGACUACUUUGAAAGAAUAGAAAACCGAUGGAAAUCUAAUUGUACAUAUGUCAGUACAUCUGACAUAUGCCAAUGUGUUUCAGGUACAUUGUUACCAACAGUCAUUUGGAAUUCAUUAAACACGGGUCAGUUUAUGACUGUAGUGUUUUAAUUAAAGAGGUCAUCAGGACAUGCAAUGAAAUUGUCUUUUGUUAGAUCUAGUGUUUUCCCUAGCUUGUUUUGGGAAUAGUCUAGCGUCAUCUUGCUUUAAUCAGUGCCAGCAAUUUUCCAAUAAAUAAUUCUAAAAUUGCCUAAAGUUAUAAAACAUUGAGAAAUGCAUUAUUAAUCAAUGAUACAUAUAUAUACAAAUUUUAUUUUUGUCAUUCAUUUAUUGAAGCAAUCGCAUUAAUUACAUUUACUUUUAUUUCAAUUAUUUCUUUUUAUGUCUUUAAUGAAAAAAUAAAUUGCCCUAUGUGAAAAUGGUGAAAAUACCCCAAAAGGGUUUAGUCUACCAUAUCUUGCCAAAUUUCUAGAGAAAAACACUAAGAUCUGUUGACAGACAACUCAGUGGUGUAGUGAAAUUAGGAACUGAUUUGAGUUUGUUGGAUCUGUUUAAUAUUCUAAAUGCCGUUUUGGCUGUGAGCAAAAUCAAGGGGAGCUGAAGAUGGUUCCCAUAAAAUAGUGCUAGUAGAGCAAUCAUACGCAGUUUGAAGUAAAAUGUUUUGAAAAUCUAUUACAUGGCAAUCAAUUUGCCAAUCCUAAAACUUUCCAGGUGAGUGGAGAGAAGCUAGAGUCAUCGCUUGCCUCUCCUUGUGAAAGCUGAAAUAUAGUCGGGACUUUUCAAAGUGAUGGAUGGAAAUUCUGUGAUGCUGUAUAUAGAAUUAGUAUGAUAGGAAUAUAUCUAGAUUGUGAAAAUUGGAACAAUUAAAUUUUCACAGUGUAUUUUGAGAUUUUUUUAAUGGAGUAUUCAGUAAUGUGAUUUACUCUUUCAUCAGCUCCAUAAAAAAUAUAAACAGUCAAACUUUGUUAUCACUUUGAUGUUGGAAGGAUUGCAGGGGCCAAUAUUUCAAAAUCUUAGGUAACAGUAAAUACAUUCAAGUGAAUUUGACCUGUGUAACGGAUUGUUUGGUUGUGAGAGAAUAAUAUUUGUGUAUAGCCGAGUUACAAAAAGAUAUGUGAAACACGUUCUGGUGCUUCUGAAGUAUUCAAAUUUAAUUUUAGAACAUAAUGUUCACACCAUAACUGAUUGUUGUUUCACGUGAAGUUUAAACCCAGGGAUUUUCCGUUUCAUGUUUUGGGUCAAUUCAGAAUUUCAGAAUACAAUAUGUAAUUAACAAUUUAUUAACUAACACACGUUCAGACAAAUUAAUGGAGAAAAUGUUAUUCAUUCAUGAUUCUUCUGGUGCAUAUUAUAAUUGUAAUGACUUGAACAACCAGCCAACUUCAUAGAAAGCGAUAUGGUAACAAUGCAUUGCUAUUUGUUGUUAAAUCAAAGUACAUGUUAGUAGCGAAAAUUGCACGAGGGGCAAAGGUCACAAACUAUAUUAAUUAAGCAUAAUUGUCCUACAGCUACGUACACUGUUUAAUUCCGUUUCCAAAUGUAAAUUCCGUUUCACAAUGGGAAUUCCACAAAUUACGUCUAUUUUCCAUGAUCGCAGAAAAUCACUGGGUCUGGACGUUGCACAUUAAAUAUACAGAUACUUAUGUUAUAAAUGUAAUCAGUAUGUAAUUUUAAUUGUUAAAAUGACUGAGUCGGGAAUGUUCUAUAACUGAUUAAAAUCCGUCCAUUCUUCUACCUCACCAGUCAGUUGUUACGUUUACAUUAUUUGAAUACAUUCUGAUAAUUGUAACCCAUUUACUUCUGUCAGUUUAUUCUGCGAACAUAUAAACUACAGUUCUUACAUAAAGAUAUGUUUUGGACAUACAUUUUUUUUGCAUUUAUCAUUUUCUAAUCCUUAUAUAUUCACUAUUGCAUUACAAGCUAAGGUAGAAAUAAGAAAAUGGCAAACGGUUUUAAAGUGAUUUAUAUUAAUAUAGUACAGUAACAAAAUUUACAAAUAUUUGUUUCAGUAAUAUUUUUAUAGUUUCAUUAUAUACAUUUAUUUGAAAUUGUGUUUCUUAGUAUUUAAAUACAGUACAUAUCUACAUAAUUAUAUUAAUAAUAAGAACCAACUUUGCAUAAAGCAUGAAUAAUGAAGACAUCCGAUUAUGAAUAUUAUGUGUAUCUGUUGCUUGUGUUCAGUAACUUGACUGAUUUGUAUUAUAUUAGUUCAGUUAACUUGAUUUAUUAAAAUACUGUAUUCAUGGCCAUGACAAGAUGUUUUAAACAUACUAGUAUAUUACUUUAUUUCUGUGAAUAAUAUUCUUUCAAACUUUUCAACAACAGGCUCUUAAGCAUUCCUUUUUAUUGUAACUUGAGACUUUGUGAAUGAAACUGUAACUGGCCAAAUUAUUUUUAAGUAACAAAGCUAACCUUUCAAAAAUGUUUUAAAAAAUUCUUUAACCGGAUUGCUAAAAAUGUCACAACAAACAGUUCAUCAUUUUCCAGCAAUAAUUGUUAUUUUCUCUUUUGUUAAUAUAUUCCAAACAUGUAUCCAGUUAGAGUUGAAGUAUAUUGUCGUGGGUACACCCCCCAGCUGUGUGGACUGUCUGUCAAGGACAGUGGGUUAAUAGGUGGUGGUUGGUCACAGAGAAGUCAGCGUAGUGAUCUUAUUCAUCCUAACUGAAUUGUUGACACAUCCUAUCUGAUAGAGCUGGCCAGUAUUGAAAUUUUAGGUUCAGUAUCAGUAUUUUGGGGGUGAUUUACCUUUGUAUCAGUACGGCAUUCUCUAUUGAUACAAUACCGGUAUUAGUAUACUCAGCUUUAAAUGCAUGCCCAAGUUAAGUCUCACCCGCUAAUUUCAUCUGAAUAAAAUUAAAUUCCAUACACAAGGCCCUCAUCUCUCUUCUUUUCAGCUAUUUUGUGUUCGUCAGAUAUAUUGUUAGUGCUUUACUAAGUGGUGUAAAAUAUUUUUCAAUACAAAAUUUCAGUAUUCUUAGAUUUGCUUGGUAGGGUAAAUGGCUAUUGACAUGAUACCAAUAACGAACAGUAUAUACUGUAUACUGCCCAGCUCUACUAACUGAGCUGUUGAAUAAAGUAAAGUUAAAACAGACAAAAGCAAUGUUUGCCAAGUUGUAGUCAAAAU